AUGAGCAAUCCUUUUGAACAGAAAGUGGAGAUGGAAUCUUCUUCUUCGAUUAUCGGUUCGGGGUCACAAGAUUGUCAUCCUGAAUCGAUCCAAACUACUGUGGCGCCCAGUGCAUGGCAAUCCGAAAAGCAAUCAAGUCCUGUCUUGACGGCCCGAGGUGACGAUGCCUACCUGCAGAAACGGGCCCCCCGUCCACCCAACCCAUGGCGUAUGAGUUUACGUGUUAUCCAACUUUUAUCUUGCAUCGGAUUGUUCGGAUUUCAAGCUGGAGCGAGUCCCUGGUCAAAUGAAAUGCCAUUCCAGAAUAAUGUAGGACUGCUUUAUUAUGUUUACGCCAUCUGUUGCGUAGCUUUUAUAUGGAGUUCUUUUAUGGUAUAUGUGUACUUGACUCGACGGUAUCGACAAGCCAACAAUCUUAAACGUGGGGUUGCUUUGGCGGUGGAUGCCAUCUUGGCCACGCUAUUGGGUGUCGGUGUGUGUUUCGAAUCGGCCACCUAUGCCUGUACUCCAGGCCAGUACCAUGGAUGGUGUGACUUUUUCAAUACGGGACUAUUCUUUGGUAUGUUGCUUUUUGCAAGCUACACCUUCAGUUCGUUGUGGGAUCUUUUUGGUGGUCUUGAUUGCUUGCGGGCUGAUCAUUGA